AUGUCAUCAUCCGGAACUUGUGGAUCUGAAACAUGUCGAGUGUUUUUGGAGCUCGUCUUCCCGAUUAUAGGAACCAUUCUGUUAACCGCAGUGGAAUUCGCACCUCUGCCAGUAGUGAUAGAAGUGGAAAAGACUAAAAAGCUGAGGUUUAAUCCACUACCCUAUGCUACGAACCUGGCGAAUUGUUUGGCAUGGUCACUAUACGGCUUGCUGAUAAAGGACUACUUUGUAUAUGCUCCUAAUCUGACUGGGACCUUCUUAUGUCUCUACUAUGUAAUGGCAACGUACGGUUUCGCAACCGACAACCAGCAGCUGUGGAUGAAGAUAUUCGCUGUGGGUGGCACAGCAUUGCUGUGGCUGGUUUCGUACAUAUGUUUCAUACCUCUAAAAGACAUCUCGGCUGGCUCCACAACCCUGGGACUCCUCGCAACCCUGUAUUUCUGUGCAUUCGUGGCAUCACCACUAUCCAACAUUCUCCACGUCAUCAGGACUCGAGACUCGUCAAGCAUACAUUUUGGACUUUCUGCAACAAUAGUAGUUAGCUCCAUAUGCUGGGUCUGUUAUGGAGCUGCAAUUCAGGAUAUGUUUAUUACUGUGUCUAAUGCGAUUGGUUCACUGUCGGGUAUAUUGCAACUAUUUUGCUUGUGGGCAUACCCUACUAAAGUGGUGAAGGAUGAGAAAGGUGGUGGUGAUGCUGAGGAGCAUGCAGUUGAUGUUGUGGUUGAACAGGAGGAUGAAUCAAAACUUUAG